UCAACACCGGCUGGACGAUUUGAACAAUGUGUCAAACCUGUUGAGACAAGGCUUAAUCUGACGUCGAUAGUACUCAACACGCACAUUAAGAAGUCAAGACUCCAGUUAGCCUCUGCAUAUACGUUUCUCCAUGCAGGUAUGUACACCUGUUCAAAGUCUGAUGACAUGUGAAGCAAUAUGGCGUCAAUAUCGACACCAGGAAAAAUACCGGUACCUCAUGAAGACAUCACUUGUAGGCUGUGCCAACAGCCGUUAUCCUCCCCAAACUUUUGACGUGUCUCCAUUCAUUCUGUCAGCUAUGUAUUGAAGAACGGCUUACUACCGAGGGCGGUGGGCAUGUCUUCCAAUGCCCUCUGUGUAGGCAUAAAACUCGGCUACCAACGAAAUCAGCGAGCUCUCUAACAACCAACUUCUACAUACUGGGACGUCAGAGGGUGUAUGCUUGUCGCACACCACAGGCCUCUAAUUGUGUGGUUUGUUCAAUGAAAGGCGACUUUUGUGAAACCACUCGCCAUUGCCUGGAUUGUGGCGACAAACUUUGUGAAACAUGCUCAAUGAGACAUAACUCUUCAACUCUGACAGCGACACAUCGAGUGGUCUCCCUUGAUGAGAUCAAAGAUGGCCUGUUUGACAGACAUAUUCAACAGGAGGAAGAACCGGUUUGCGAAAAACAUUGCGAAUGUUUGGUCAUUUUCUGUAAAACGUGUUCAGAGGCAUUAUGUGUUCAGUGUGUUGUUGCUGAACACAUGGAACACCAGUUCGAGAUGGUGGAUGAAACCGUAGCAAAAGUACGCCAGUCACUGAAACAGACACUGUCAAAAGUGACUUCCAACUUUCAGGAUUCUCUCAAAUCACUGCAAGCAGAGAUGGAUGAGUUAAACAAAGAGGAAGAAAUAUUUGUGAGUGAACUGACUUCAUCAGUUGCUGCUGUGAUGGAGAAGAUCUCAGAGAAGAGUUCUGAGGUGUUGGAGAAGGGCAGGAGAAGUUUUGAGGGCGAGAGGAGGAGGAGGCAAAGGAUGCUGGAGCUGGUGAACUCUGAGUCUGAAAGAAGGGAGGAGGUUGUCCGAGUAUGUCAGCAGGUGGAAGAAAGUGAUGUGAUAACGUUUCUUUGAUGUCUAAAACUAUCAAUGAAAGGUUGAAAGAGAUGACAAAAUUAAAACAAUUCGCUGAGGCAGUUGACACUGUGUCUGUUAAGGAACCUAUAACAAAGUUCAAAAUCGACGUAGCCAUUCCACUUGAUAAAUUCCUGACCUUGCGUGAAGUACCCGUGACAAGAGAUCAGUUAUCAUUACCCAGUGAUGUUAACCUUUCUCGCACUUUGAACCCUGACUCAGACAAAGACAGGGAGGACCUGCCAGACUUCAACAGAUUGAAAUCCCUUUCACCCACAGUAGGUUCUGAGAAGGUUAAUACAAGGACCCCUUCACACGGGGCUACUACAGAGUCAUCAGAAGACCAGCGACAAAAACAUGACAGACCUGUCACGAAAGGCCACCAUGAUUAUGCCCAUGAAGGACCUUCAGCUCGGAAACAAGAGCUAGUGGAAGAAACAUCCAGGGGUGAAGAAUCUGAAAUCGGCGGAGUUGAGGGGCUUGAUAAUGGGAAACAGUACAUGCAAUAUAAACGUCAGUUUAGCGUACAGAUUGGAACAGACGGCGCCCAGACAAGGUUGUCCUGCAUGGCUCAACGUUCAAACGGUACCCUAAUAGUUUUAGACGAACAGAAAUACAAAACUGAAAAUCUUUGAAACCAAUGGUCAGUUUGUAUAUUCAGUUUUACAAAAAGGAAAAUGUCAGUUGUUUAAACAGUUUGUGCACGUUGGCGAUGGCGACAAGAUUUUUGCCAUUUAUGAAAACAACUUGCUAAUCCUAACUCGACAUUUAAAGAUUUUGUCAAAACAUCCUCUUCUGCAAAAGCAAGACAUGAUUUGUGAACCUAUCGUGGCCAACUUUGGAGAGAACAUUGUCAUCGGAAAUCUUCCAAACAGAGAGAUGAAAGUGAUGGCAACAUCAGGAAAGAUGAUCAGAAAGUGGACAAGUCAAGUCACUGGCGAGAUGACGUCACUGAAGCACGUGGGUGACGACGCUGUCAUCUCCUGCACGUCGCAAGGAAAGGGUGCCGUGUGUAUGGAGUCUGAAGGAAAUGGUUGCCUUCUUAAAAUCAGUGGUAGAAAACGGAAUGGAAUGAAGUGGCGGCCCUCAGACGCAGUCUUCAGCACAAAGGGUCGCACGAUUGUGUCUGAUAUGCACAGGAAUGACAUCCUGAUUUUCUCUCCAAGUGGUGAGGCUUUGUGCGUUGUUGACACGUUACGGAACCAUGUUUCGGAACCCAACUGUUUGGUGAUAGGGGAUUACGUUGACUUGUAUGUCUCAUGCAAAGAUGGAGUGAUAGCUGUGUAUAAAUUACAGUAAAACUACGGCAUCUUUGAAGGUGCAAGAUUUGGUCGCCAUUUAUUGCAUUACAUGAAUGGUAUUGUUAUGAUGCAUUUGACAAAACAAAUAUGGCUGCAACAACUUUUAUGAAUAGUCGGACUCAAUUGUUUACAGAGCGCUAGCUGGACAUUUGAAGCAUGCUGCUUUGAACAACAGAACCCAGCGAAAACUCUCCUUCCCCCCCCCCCCCCUU